AUGGAUACACCAUCGCGGAUGAACUGGAAUCGUGGCGCAUGUUUUUCCUCUUGUCCAGUGCGCAGCGUGGACCUGGAAGGGACGGCGGGUGUGAUCGAGUCGCCGCUGUACCCGCACGAAGCCUUCUCGCUGGGAAGCUUCACCUGGCGGAUCCACGUGCCCGACGACCUCUACCCGCGUAUCAGCUGGGACAGCAUGUUCGUCACGGACGAGGAGUGCUGGACCAGCAGCAUCGUGCUGCUUGACGGCAUCGACGAAGGCUCGCCCGAGUUCGCGAAGUACUGCGGCAGCAGGAAGCCAGAUCCCGUGGUACUUCGCUCGUCGCACGUACAGCUUCGGUUCACAUCCGGCGGCGGCUACUCCAAGUGGAAGAUGCGAUGGGAGGCCGUCAACAGCAGCUUCCUCCAGAGCAUGGAGCAAAGCAAAACCGGGUCCGUGUGCAACUUCCAAAUUGAACUGGCCAAUGCGACGUCCGUGGUCAACAUCACUUCGCCAGGGUUUCCAGAUACGUACGCAGACUUCCUCAACUGCAGCUGGUCUCUGGUGGCGCCCUCAGCGCGUGUUGGCAAGAUCAGCUUCAAUGUGGUUAACCUCAGAAGCUGGGAAAUCAUAGACAACUGCUUCUACGACUACGUCACUGUCUACGACGUGGAUCCCGCGGCAAGGUCCGAACGGCGCAUCCUGCGAAGCAUCUGCGGCCAGAUAGCGAAGGCCGACCUGCCGGCGCCUUUGGUCAGCUCGACACGGUUCAUGAUGGUUCGUUUUUGGAGCACUGACGCCAGUAGGAGCGAAGUGGUCGGCAAAGGUUUCUCGGCCAGCUUCCAGUCAGUGUGCGGCGGCAACAUCACCGAGCCGUUCGGCGUCAUCCAGGAGAGCGACAUUCUGGACUCGGAGAUGCAGUGUCAUUGGCGCAUCAGCUCUGACAGGAGGGUUCCACUGAAGAUCACGCUCGAAAGCAUCAACCUGCCGUCCGAUGGAGGAGCAUGCAGGGACACGUUCAUUCAGAUUGAGUGGUCGGCGCUCCACGGGAGUCCCUUUGAUCAACUCAAAACGAAUGUUUUCAAGAUUCCGUGA